AUGAGCGAGGAAAAGCAGAAGCAUCAUAGUCAGCAGCAGCACCAUCACGAUACGGUGUCGCCUUCCUCCUCCUCUUCUUCAUCGGCGAGCGAGUCGGAAGAGGAAUUGCAGCACAUGCUGUUGGCGCCGCCGCUGUGGAAGAACAGGAAGACGUUGUCGAAGCAGCUGUCCAUGUGCGAGAAGCCGAGAGAUAUUGCUUGGGAGAGAAGGCGCAUGCAGGAACGGAGGAGGAGUUCGACGGUGUGUGAUGAUCUGACGGACGAGGACCUGCAUGAGCUUAAAGGGUGUAUAGAACUUGGCUUCGGAUUCAACGAGGAAGAUGGUCAGAGACUGUGUAACACCUUGCCCGCACUCGACCUUUAUUUCGCUGUCAAUCGCAGGUUGUCUCCCAGCCCCGUAUCCACCCCUCAGAGCAAUGCCUCUUCCCUCGGAGGCCGUUCUUCGUCGUUCGGAAGCCCCAGAAGUGACACUGACUCCUGGAAGAUUUGUUGCCCAGGGGAUGACCCUGAACAUGUGAAGACAAAGUUAAGGCAUUGGGCUCAGGCCGUAGCGUGUUCUGUGAUGCAGUCUUCUUGA